GUUAAUUAUAUAGAUAAUAAUAAUAAUAUCGAUUAGCACACCUAUUGAUCUGUGGUGACAUUAUUAUCGAUAUGAAAACAUGAACUCAAAAAAGCUACCCUAUAUGUUUAUGUUAUUAUUGGUCUGUGGAUAUGGUGUUGGUCUGUACUCUGUGGGUUGUCUAAGUUUUGUUAUGAUAUCCAAGUGAGUGCCGGCGAAACUACUUUACGAAACGUAAAAAGCAAUAUGGGUAACAAAAAAAACCGCUGGUGGAAAAGUUGCUGGGCAACAAAAAAUAAGUAUGAAAAAAUAAAAGAGCCCCCUCUCCAGGCGGUCGUGGCAGAGUUGGUGAGGACCAUGAAGACGAUGUCGGAGCAGCUGGCGGCCGUUGAGACGGCCUUGAAAGAGAUGGCUGAUCCGCCAUACCCCCGGCUCAGAGAGCCAAAAUUCGUACCACCCAAUUAUGGGUAUGUGGUUAUGAGCCGGGGGAGGCCACCAGCUGCUCCGUCAUCUCCUCUUCAUGUGGAGGUGGAAGUGCACGUGGAGUGCCACGCCGCCCUGAAAGCCUCCUGAUGAAUCCCUCCACGAGAGAAAUCACCAAUGAAUUUAUUGAAUUGAAUCAGAUUUUAUUAUAUCAGCCUCGAAGACGAAGUACGAUGUGCGUUCUGCAAGGUGGAAAUCAUGCAUUGGAUGGAAGGCGAGGAUCCCGCCAAUGUUCACCAGCGCUAUACUUUUUUAGGGUUCCGUACCUCAAAAG